AUGCGUGCUGCGUUAAAUUCGACGCUUUCCGCCUCUUUCAACUCAUUAAUCUUAGUUCUUUUCGGGUUAAUCAUUGCUCGAUGUUUAUGUCUUCCAACGCUUGGAGGAAUCCUGGAGAAAUAUCCUACUGACAUUCAUGAGUACGCAGAGAGCGUAAAGUGGGAGAUGUGCCAACAAAGAUUUAGUUCUGUUGAAGAAUUGGGUCGUGCCAUAUGCGGCAAACGCGCUGGCUCCGAUGGAGGUCAAAGUCACAAUCUCGAAAGGCCAGAAGCAACUGCACUGUUUUUAAGUGCCCUGCAAAGCGACGUGUUGAAUCCUUUACAAAUACCUGCAGCGCUUGAAUCCAUGGGGUUUACGGUAGAAGUUGCAAAAGAUCUUAAGGACGCGAUCUUUAAACUCGGGAAGGGCGUCGCAAAUCUUAUGGAGAAAGCUCGAAAGAAUGCCAAACAGCCACCUGACCUCGCAGAAUCGGCGGGGAUUGGUCUUGUAAACGCUGAGGAUGGUGACCUGGCAGCCUCAGAUUUCUUGAAGAAAACGAAAGAGGUCAUGGAAAUCUUACGGAAAUCAAAAUGCACACAUUUCCGACCCCAACAACAAGAAUUGGACGCUCCCCGCAAGCAAAUGGCACUUGACCAUUUGAAUGACGCCCUCGUCAACUUUCUUAUCAUCCUUGAAAGGCACAACAUCGCUUCUCGCAAGUGGCUCGUAGAUCUAUUGGACAGUCGACAAGGAGUUGAAAUCAUAUUCAACUACCUCGCGCACAGUCACUUCUCAUCAAACGACCUCGGUUAUACUGGGUGGCAGUGGCUAGAGCGGUUACAUCUAACCAACCAGAUGUCUGCGGUCGAUCGUCGCUUCGAUGGGUCGGUGUUCAGUCCCAAGAAUUGGAAAGAAGCACCAGUGCAAUUCUUGUAUCUCACAUCAUUAACCAACUUGCAGGCCACUGUGAAUAGCGGCGGGUAUCAAGGAGAGAUGAAACAUUUGCUGGGGUUCCUGGCGGAACAGAUCGACGAUGUCAGCAAGCCAUCCGGGGAGAUCAGCAUCACAUCGCCGCCGAUCAUGAAGAUCUUGUCCUUGAAAGUUUUACACAGUAUGGUCCGAUUCUUGGGCCGAUAUCACCUCGGCUUGAGUGUUAUGGAGCAGGCGACGAUUCCAACUUCAAAAUGGCCCAAGGAGGUGGAGGCUCAACAGUUCCAGAACCUUGAUAGCCUAAUCAUGUUUUUCUCUGGUGUAAUCAAAUCAGUCUAUUUCCAGCAUGGCCAGUCCAUGCAAGAACUAGUCUCUUACUGGAAUCUCGACGACCCUGUCCCAAUGAUUUACUUGUCGGAUAUCCAGGAGAUCGCUGAUCAGCCUAUGACACCCACAUUAGUCGGUCAAAAAAUGGCUCGUUAUCAAGAAUCUCCUGAUCAGCUUCGCUAUUUUGGACCGAUGAUGAAUAAGUUUGCAAAUACUCUCAGGGACACUCCAAACCCCAAGGAGGCACGUGAUCCGCUCGAUCGACUGAAACCAAUUGUUUUCCUGGAUUCCUGA